ACUGAUUUGUCAAUGUCAAUCGAUGAAUCAUUUUCUUAAUUUUCCUUAUAUGAUUGAAUUUAUUCCCAGAAGAAAUAAUUAAAUGUAAAUAUUACAACUUAAAAUCGAAGUUGUAUGUUUCCAUAGUGAAAAGGUUUAGCUAUGGCAGAAAAUAAGGAUACGCCGAUGACUAAUAAAAACGAAAAUACAAAUGAGGACCAGGCAAUGGAACACGAAGGGUCUCCUCCACCGCCAGUAACGCCUCCUCCGCCUGCAGACGUUGAUACUCAGGAAAUAAUUAUUGUAAACGAAAAUACUGAAGAGCUCGACUUGAACCAUGGAAGGAUCGGCAAGAUUGAGAAUCUGGAACCAUUGAAGAACUUAGAGAGGUUAUAUUUAAGAUGGAAUCUCAUUAAAAAGAUUGAGGGAUUAGAUACCUUACAGACUUUAGUGGAACUAGAGUUGUAUGACAAUCAAAUUGUUGUCAUCGAGAAUUUGGACAACCUUGUUAACCUUGAAAUACUUGACCUGUCUUUUAAUAGAAUCAAAGAAAUCACAGGUUUGGGGAAUUUAUUAAAAUUGAAGAAAUUAUUUUUAAGCUCUAAUAAAAUAAAUGAAAUCAAAAAUGUUAAUCAUCUACCAAAGCUAGAAUUAUUAGAGCUGGGUGAUAAUCGAAUUCGGGAAAUAAAGAAUCUCAAUGGUUUGAAAUCUUUAAAACAACUUUACUUGGGUAAGAACAAAAUUAACAAAAUCCAGAAUCUAGAAGACCUAAGUGAUUUACAAAUUUUAGUACUUCAGAAUAAUAGGAUUACUAAAAUUGAAAAUCUGCAAGAAUUGACAGCAUUAGAACAACUUUAUAUAUCAGAGAAUGGUAUAUCAUUAAUAGAGAAUUUGGAUAACCAGGUAAAACUUGAAACUUUGGAUCUGGCGAUGAACAGAAUCAUGGUUAUAGAAAACUUAAGGCAUAUGAAUGAUUUAGAAGAGUUAUGGUUAAAUGACAACCAAAUAGCAGAAUGGUCGUCGGUGGAAUAUUUAAAAGAUAACAAGAAGAUUGCAACAAUAUACUUGGAGAGGAACCCUCUGGCAUCAGACCCUGCGUACAGGAGAAAGUUGAAGCUCUGUCUCCCCUCGCUGCAGCAGAUUGAUGCCACAUUGUGUAGAGGAGAUUUCUCAUUAGUAGCAUAGUUAGUUAGAGGGUAGUUUUAAAUUAGGCGAUUCCAUAAAUGUUCAUAUUACUUUAAAUAAAAUACCUUUAGUUGUAUGGAAUGGAAUCCUUGACCAAUUUUCAUGUCCACUGAGAUAUGUAUUAUUUUUGAUAAAUCACAGGGAUUCAAUCAGUUUUAUUGGGUUUUAAAUGAGUUUACUAACUUUUGUCCGCGACUUUGUCCAGUAUUCUUCCACAUUGUCCUAAAAAUGUCUUAGAGAUUAUGUCAGUAAGACAGUAACAAACAUCCAUACAUUCGCAUUUAUAAUAUUAUUAUAAUCUUAAUUGUUAUAAAGCUGUAAUGGGAAUUGAAAUUAAAGUUUUCCUGAUUUUAUUUAUUUAUUUCAAGCAUGGAUUUUACAACCAUGUUUGUUUACAAAAUUUGUUAUGUUUCGCCUAAUUUAAAACAUUCUUUUAAUUAAAAUUAUUAACUAUAAAGUAUGCUAGUUAUGUUUACUACGUAAUUUAUAAUUUUAGUUUAUCAUUGUAUUAGAUUAGCUUGAACUAUCGCAUAUUAUUGUUAUGGUUCCUAAGUAAUUAUGCAUUUAGUUUGUUAAAACUAUGUAUUACUUCAACUAAGUAUAUAAGGACCAUUUUUAUUUCAUGUAUUCACGGGAUAUUUUGUCAUUUUUAAAUAAGCUAGAACUUUACUAUAUACAAUUAAUUGAUAAGGAAAUAAAUAAUAUCUAAUUCGGUUCAGUAAUGUCCUUGUUGAGGCAAACAACUGAACAUGUGGCAGCUAAAACAUUUGGUAUAUCUUUUAAAUUUUAUUCCCCGCUCCCUUAUAUUUCAUUGUUAUUUAAUAAUACUCCAAAUCACCAAAGUGCCUUCCUUUACUUGCACUAGUUGUCCAUCUAAAGAAUUAAAUAUGAAAGAGGCAAUUAUGAUGAAAAACUAAACUCUAAUAAUCAUUUAAAUUAUA